UUCCCUUUAUCCCAAGCAGGACCUCGCAAUCUCUCACAAUGUCCAUCAUAACCAAAAUUCGAAAUGCUCUCACGCAAAACUAUCCGCCUCGUCCAAAAUUCACCGAGGCGGAUAUCCCCAGCGGCUCCCAGAAAGGGAAAGUAUUCAUGGUAACUGGAGGCAAUGCCGGCAUUGGCUUCGAGUUGUGCAAACUCUUGUUUCGAUCCGGUGCCACUGUGUAUAUGGCCUGUCGUUCUCAAGAAAAAGCAAGAGUGGCAAUCCAAGAGAUCCAAAACCAUUACGGCGAGAAUGCGCAUGGAAUGGGCCAACUUAAGGCACUGCACCUGGACCUCAGUGACCUUCCUUCCAUCAAGGAAGCGGCUCGACAAUUUGCACAGCAAGAACCUAAACUUGACGUUCUCUGGAACAACGCGGGCAUAGGUGGAAAUGCUGCCAAGUUUGGGGAACACACCACCCAGGGACUCGAGCCGCUCAUUGGCAUAAAUUGUGUCGGGGCAUUGUUCUUCACGGAGCUUUUACUCCCGCAGCUCACUGCUUCGAGAGCCUCCGAAACCGCCGGCAGUGCCCAACAACCCACCGCUCGUGUAGUCUGGGUCACUAGCGCGCUUGCAGACACCAUGUCACCGAAAAAUGGAAUAGACUUCGACAGCUUAGACUCGGGGAUAAAAGACAGAGUCGCCAACUACGCCGCCGCUAAAGCAGGUGUCUGGAUCUUGGCCCGGGAAUUUGCGCGCCGACACGGGAAGGAUGGAAUCAUCAGUCUUCCCGUAAAUCCAGGCAACGUCAGAGCUGGAUCGUACAAUGGAACUGGUGCUUUCCUUAUGUGGAUAUUAAAUACCUUGAUGUUGUACGAUGUAAUCUAUGGGGCUUACACAGAGGCCUAUGGCGGACUUUCUCCCAGCAUUACAUUGAAGGACAAUGGUAUCUAUAUUAUGCCGUGGGGUAGGGUACGCUAUGAUCAUGAUACACCACGUCAAGACAUUAUCAAGGCAAUGAAUUCCGAGGAAGAGGGUGGGUUGGGCUACGGAAGAAAGUUAUGGGAUUGGUGUGAGGCGAAGUGGAAGCCUUAUGUAUGAUGCAUCUAAAGAUUGAAGCGGCUACCGUCUGGAGAACGUAGUUCAUCUAAACAUUGUGAGGUUAAAAAGAAUAUCUCUUUUGUUGGUACAAUACUAUAAUUUUCACAAAACCGGUAGCUGUACCUUGGCGGUAUCACAUGUCCGUUAAAUCUGUAAGCGUGGAGGGUCUUACAGUGAUCUUCAGAGGGCUCUAGCCAACUAUAAUUAAGACUUAAAUGGGUGCCAGUGAA